UAUGUUCCAAUUUGCUAAUGUUUGAAAAAUGCAAAUCCUGUUCAAUGUAAAAAAGUUAUUUAUUUUAUUUUUUUAUAUGUUUUUUUUUAAACCCAGAUAUCUCAAAUUUCACAUUUUAGAGCUUUAAUUGAAAUACCGUGAUUCUGUAAAACUGUGAUAUUUUUGCUUAAGGUUAUCAUACUGGAACAUAGUCUAGUUGGAAUCAUUGAAUUUAAUAAAAUAUUUUGGUAAACUCAUGGGGGGGGUACCCUAAUCCAGCCUGUUUGCUUGGUAAAUUAGGACUUUUAAUUUAACAAUUUACCUCACGUAUUGAAAAUAAUUUAACUCUUAAAUACCUGCUACAUGAAGCAAUUAUCAGAGAAUCCCAAAAUUUGAAAAAUAAGGUCCUAAUGAAACUUUUUUUUUCAAAUUUGUAAAAAGAAAUGUCAAAAUGAAUAUGUGUAGUAAGUGCUGUAAUAUCUAUAACCCUUGCUAAAUCCUGUUUUUUUUUUUUUUCCCUCCUGGAACCUACAGAUGCAUGUGUUGACUUGCACUAAAAAAAAAAAAAGGCAAAAUUCUGAAUUAGUCUCAAAAUCAUGAAAUUUUAGGUGUAUCAAAUGUGAUACAUUCGGCAAUAAAGGGUUAAUGCACCUUCUGGUGGUAAAACUGCAAUGAUAAUGUCUAUCUACGGUCAGCAAACUGAUGGAUAUUGGACAUGUACUGCAUAACAGUAAGGCCACUGUUUCUGCAGAGGUAAUGUACUGCCACCUCGUGGUAGGUGGCAUGUUGAACUCUUUUCUCAAGGAACCGCUUUUACAUUAGAAUAUUUUAAUCACAAAUGCGCUUUCUAAAAACCUCCCGGAGACCUUGACUUAUUGUGUUUCAUGAAUAGCACGAGUGGAUGAACAGGUUUAUUGUACCAUCUGCUGUCUUAUGGAAGCGCAUUUUCAUUGUUCUGCCUUUCUCUCGCAAAGGUGAGUAAACAAUUAAUAAAUCAUAUUUAAAAAAACAAAACAAAAAAAGUACAAUUAGAUAUUUUCUCGUUGCACUCCUCACUAGAUAGGGUGCAGCAGCACUCUGCUUGGGGAAUUGCAUCUCGAGUCUCUUAAGUGUCAGCCGGGCCACAUCCCUUGCAAAGCAUCCCAAGAGAAGAUAGAUGUGUGAAUCAACCUAUUUCAGCAGUACUCUUCAUAAACAAUACACAUAGGCAUGAAUGUCCCUGCAAACGUGUUUUUCUUCCCUCAGCUUGAUAAGAGCAAUCCUGGGGUGAGGGCUCGCCCUCCAUGAGAAAGGGGGGUAGUGGCAGUUGUUCCAUUUUGAAAUGCAAAUUGUACAAAGUUGCUUUUUUGGUGGCAUAUCAUUCAAGUCUAGCUGAAUCCCGUUCUUUGUGAAUUUCGGCAAAAGUUUGACGACAACACGGAUAGUUUGGCAACCAAUUACAGGGCAAUGAAUAGUAAACGAUGCACUUAGUAGGAAUUUAUCCUAUACCAGCUGCACAAAUGUGAGUUAUGCGAACCAUUUAAUUCCUGAGAUUUUUUUUUUCCUUUUUAUGAGAAAGUUUUAUAGGCAUUCACAAAUUUGUUCUCGCUUUUUAACCCAUCACAGCAGUGAACUCGGUGGACAAUGGAGCAGCAAGCAGCUUUUUCCAGCAUCUAGCGUUCGGGAGGCUUUUCAGACUUUAGCUAGCUAUGAUCCUCGCUAAUGUUUUCUCGUUUCUUUGAGGUAAAAACAUACAUUAGUACUCCAUCAGUGAAGGAUGGAUCUGUGUUUUUUUUUUUUGUGGCAAUAUAAUUGUCCCAUUUUCUCCCAAAUACUUCCAAACCUUAGAGUGCAGAUGUACAGUGUAAUGUAGGGUGACCAUAUUUUGACUUCCAAAAAAGAGGACGCUCGGCUCGGCCUCGAGAUACUUCAAUUUUACUCGAAGAUCACUCAGAGAUGCCUAUAUCCCCCACUUUUUUUACUCAACUGGUUACUCAACAGGCUUUAUUCUUCCUAAAAAAUAAUCAAACAAAAAAACAAAAACAAAAAAAACGAAUAAUGAUUUUAAAAAAAUAAUAUAAUGCAGACCCAUGGAAAUGUAGUCCAGUCAAUUCACACACACAGCAGGGUAUGUGCCAACUCAACAUUUGUUUGAAUUACUAUCACGACAAUUGUCGUUGACAAAAUGUUAUUCCCAAUCAAUUUUUAUUCUCAUUCAAUGUUCUAGAUUGUACGCAAACAAUAACCAAAAUAAACUGACAAGCUAUUCAACCAGCAUGUUUCCAAACGCAGCAAUUGAAAACUCCAUUGCCCAUAAUGCCUAGUGUGGCUGAGCUCACUGAUUGCUACCCUAUUAGCGACUACGGGAGCCAAGGCAAAGUCAGACUUGGCUAUAAAAGUUUACUAUCAUUGGCAGCGCAUAGAUGCGACAACAAACGGGAUCUUACAGAUUACACCAGUACAAAUCUCUGACAGGAGUCAACAGUUGCCAUUAUAUACGUACUAAUCAUAAAAAAAAACAAUGUAGCUAUUUAGCUAUACUAGUAUUCAACCACUAACUAACGCAGAACAAUUACUCAUACAAUAUACUGUAUCUCUGUGUACACAUAUAACCCUAUAUACAACAGAAGACAAGUGAUCGACAUUAACAGGAGAUAAACUUACAGAAAGGUGUAUGGAGCCACGUCUUGUAGAACUCCGUAUUGAACUCCUUACUGUAGUCUGAUCUCUCGUCAAACCAUCAGUAGAUGGUGGUAAUUACCCAUGAAACAAAGGGUAAAUUGCCAACAAAAAGAAGAACAAUAUCUACUCCUUCUCUCGCCCCUACUAGUAGGAGCCACGUCAACGCAGGCAGGCGCUGCCCCCUAGUGGCCGGAGGAAUUCUCUUCAAAUUGGUCCUGUGAAAAAUCAUAAAAACCAGACAUUUUCAUAAAUUUAUGAAACCAGGCUGGACGCUCCGGAGGGCACGUAAUAAGAGAACUUGUCCGGGCAAAAGAGGACAUUUGGUCACCCCUAGUGUAAUGCAGUAUACAGCGGUAUAUAGCAUGCAAUGACAAAUCACCAAUAAUUAAUCAACUGACCUAAAUCCAAUUGAGUAUACAUUUCUCUUGCUAAAAACAAAACUGAUAGGGAAAUGCUUAAAGAACAAGACAGUUGUCAUCUGACUGGUAACUCAUCACCAAGGAGGCAAUAUAGUGUCAUAUGAUCUCUAUGAAUUGUAUUGACUGCAAAGGAUUUGCAACCAAGUAUUAAAAAGUAAAAGUUUGAUUUUUGAUCGUUAAUUCAUUCUAUUACUUUUUGACCCUUAUAACAUGGGUGGAAUACAUACAAAUUAAGCACUUACCAAUUACCCAAGGGGAAGGAAAAAAAUCACGGGCAAGCACCUUUUAAAUUACAUAUGCCCAAUCUGGCAAGCACAUUAAAAAUAUAUGUAUUUGCGUUGGCCGCAUGAAUCAGUUUGGACUCUAUCGGAAAGUUAUUUUUCCUGCCAAAAAAUUAUAACUGGUAACAUAACGGAUUACUUUCUGCAGAGUAAUGAGAGUAAUGCAACUACCCCCAACUUUGAUUCUUCAUAAAUUUUCACCAAAUACCAGUCCAACUUUUCAGUUCUUUGCAUAGUUCUGUACGUAUUUCUGACAUUAGCUAUUUAAAGUUAACUAAUUUCCACAUAUUGGAGCACUUUGGCAGCAGUGAUGUACAGCAAAUAUUAGAUAUCCUCUAUUGUUGGUCUCUGCAAUUGUGUACAACAUGACAUAACAGGUAUUAUUUUGCUACACAUUGUUACUUUUGGGCUAUAUUUCAAGUCCAAUCUCAUAAGCGGAUUUUAAGGGGGGGGCAGGGGGCCGCCCCCCCGGUGGCCGAAUAGUAUCAUUGCAUGUAAUUGACUUUCCUAUAUAUAUAAAAGUUGUAAAGCAAUAAAACUGCUACAAAAAUGAAUGAAAUUAACCAAAAAAAAUAUUUUUAUAAUGGCUUAAAAUUAUUUUUCGAACAGAUCAUGUGACUAGCACCUUAGACGGUCAUUUGCUUUGCAUAGAAUAUAAAAAAAAAUAAUAAUAAAAUAUAAAUAUAUAUAUAUAUAUAAGGGGAGGGCAAUUUUAUUUUUCAAAUGAUUUUUUUUCUUAGAUUGAAAAUAUUUUUUUUGAUUGAAGCAACUUUUUGGGGGAUUGAAUGUUUUAGACACAAAUGUCCUACCAUAAUAUGGCCCAAACACAAAAAGGAUUGCUUCAAUCAAAGAACUUUUUCGAUGAAAAAUUAAGUGUUCAAAUGCAAAUUUUUCAAUCUCAAAUAUUUUUUCGCAUUCAAAAACUUUUUCUAUAAUUGAAAUUUUUCUUUUUUGGAUUGAAGUGAUUUUUCUUUUGGAAAAUACAUUUUUUGAAGCAACUUAUUUGUUGAUUGAAUAAUAAAGACAAAAAUGUCCUAGCCAAAAUGUGGCCCAAACACAAAUCAACAUUACUUCAAUUAUUUAAUUUGCUUCAAUCAAAAAAAAAAAAAAAAAAAAAACUCAAAUAAAAUAAAAAAUCAAAGAAAAAUAGCUUUCACGUGCAUUUUUUUGGGUUGAAAAUAUAUAUUUUGAUUGAAACUUUUUUUUUUUAUUGGAGCAACUUUUUUUGAUUGAAUACUAUAGACACAAAUCUACCUCCAUAUGGCUCCGCUCAGGGGGUACAAUUUUUGACUGGGGUAACUACACUGGCAGGACACCGGCGGGCAUACCGUAUUCAAUGGAUGACGAUCUUGGCGAAAAGUAUUGCCUAAGCAGCCUGAUUUAGAAUUAAAUAAUUAAUUAAAAUUAAAUUAAAAUAUUUGUUUAGAACCAAAAAAUACUCAUUGUCAACUUAUUAUUAUAAAUAUUCUUGUAAGCUGAUUUUAUUGCUGACACUACGUUUCGGGGUCAUCAACAUGUUGUGCCCCCCCUGCCCCAAAAGUCACACCCCGCCUAUGUCAAAUCUAUAUAUUCCUUACAUAAAAUAUCUCUUUGCAGUCUUUUGCAUUGCACAAAAUAAUAAAUCUCGAUUUGUAAAAAAACAAACAAACAAACAAACAAAAAAAACAGAUCUUAAAGAAAAAAAGGGCAUAUUUGGAUUCAGCACUCCAAAAUUACAUAAGAACAAGUGUUUGAUUUACGACUGCAACAACUAAUCGAUUAAUAAAUAAGUUGCCAACGAAUUUGAUAAUUGAUUUUGGCCGGCAGCUAUGAGCAUUUCCGUUUGGGUCCUUGUUUGUGUGUAAUGUGAUGCUCCGCGCUUCCGCCCGUGAUUAGAGAAAGAGAUAGAAAGUUCAAUGCUGCACUCAGGUUGGGUUGCUGAAUCAAUAAUACUGUACUACGAAAUGUCGAAAGUUAGAUUGUCUAUAAAGAUCGAUUGAUAUGGGUUUUUCAGGACCGAUACUGAUUAUUAGUAGUUUGAAGGGCUGACAACGGAUUUUUGGAACCGAUAUUCAUUUGUUGUAAAAGUGUAAAAUUGGCGUAAAAAAUUGAAUGAUGCAAACACUGAACUUAAUUGAAAUGCCUAAAGCAAAUAGAAAAUAACAGCUCCAGAAGUGCCUCAAUUUACUAGAUUCAGAAACAGCUCUUAUAAAGUUAGAUAAUAAUGCAUCAGACUGCUUCUGAGCCUCAAUAACCCCGUUUUGAAUUGAUUUUUUACAUAUCGGCCGGUCGGAUUAAAAUUCUGACUUACCUCAAAUUUCCAAAUAUCGGCGCCGAUAAUCGGCCCGACCGGUUAUCGGUCUAACUCUAAUUGUCUUUCAGAGGUGAGUAAAUGAAGCCAACUACAGUAUUUUGUUUGUAUUCUUUGUUGAUGAGACGUUACUACUUAGCACAAAGCGCUACGCUCGUUAGCGUUUAUGCUAAUCAUUGUCCUAUUGUCCGUUUGUAUUGUGUUUUGGAGACGCUUAUUAGCACUUGAGUUAUCGUUACCAUUUAUAUAAGCCUUUGCGACAAUAAAAAAAAAUGUCAGUUGGCAGCACUUUUAUUUGAAUGAACAGGACUUCUGUCUUAUUUGUGUACUGAGAAAUUAUUUUUAAGUUUUAUACUCGGAACCUUUAUUAAAAACUUAAAAUAUUUUAUGCACUUAAGAGUUGUAGACUACAGUUAAGUCAGGAAGCUUUAGUAAAAUAUUAUUUUUGAAGGAAAUAGUCAUCCAUUUUGUCUUCACUGUUACUUACAACAUGCCUAAAACAACUUCAAGUUAAAUUGUGAAGGUAAUUGAAAAGAAUGACAAUUAUCCGAUUAUCAAUUAUAAAAAUAAUCGUUAGUCGCAGCCCUAUUGCAUCAAUGCAAUAUUGCCUCUGCUAAGCAAAAAUUUCGGUACACUUGGCAAAAUGGGGCAAACUGUAGUUUGCGACAGGCAAAUUCCCUAAAAUGUUCAUUUUGAGCCCUGUGCGAUACCUUCACAGGUCACCUGAAUUGCAUACAAAUACCAUCAAAUUGAAGCUGAAAGUCUACAAUCUUCAGAUGAAUAUGUAGCAUAUGUCUACUUGAGCAGUUGUCUUAUAUAGAGAUUGUGAUUCAUGCUACAGAGUGAAACUCACUUCAUAUUGUUUUACUAUUGACUUUUGUUAACAAAAUACUUGAAGUACAGUAGGCUAUGUCUACUUGACCAGUUGUCUCAGGUUGUGCGACUUAGAUUUAAUUUAUUAAACUCACUUUAUAUUGUUUACUGCUGAUUGUUAUUUUAUUAUUGUUUACUGUUUAUUUUUGUUGCACUUCAAGUGUAGGAUAAAUCUGUUGCUGGUGAGGUGCAAUAAAUAUUACAAGGUUCUAUAACACAACUACCUGUCUGUUCUUAUCUAUUCAACUAACUCGAAUACUUCUCAGAAAAUUUCAAAUUGUUUGACAUACAACUUCUUUUUAAAGUAACGGAAAUAGUUACUUUCCCGGGUAACGAGUUACUUUUACUAUAGUGUAAUUCAGUUACUAACUCAGUUACUUUUUGGAAGAAGUAGUGAGUAACUAUAACUAAUUAUUUUUUUAACGUAACGUGCCCAACACUGUUUGUCACACAUCUGCCUGUCUGCCCUUGAAAGUGAAGAGCGGAAGGGGGGAUUCGGUAAGGGUGUGGCGACGCUGUUGCAAACGCGAUGAUGAUUGGAUAGGUGGCUGGGAGAGUUAACAAAGCAUCCGCAUUCUCGUUAGCAUUAGCAUUUAGCGUGGCAAGCAUCAUCUUAAACUCUCGGGCAACUUUUUUUUUUUCAUACAGUUCUUGGCGUCCAGAAGGGUACAAUUCAUUUUGAUUGUAAUAACCAAUUAGCUGCCAUUGACGGUGACAGACGUCCAAUCCAUUGUGUUGGAUGAAUGUUAGAAUACUGAACUUUUUCUAUGUAUACUUCAUUUUUUCAAAAAAUAAGUUUGGUACUCGUGAGUGUUUUGUGCACAAGUGAUGUACAAGGGAUGUUCCCGAUCCGAUCAAGUGUUGGAAAUCGGGUCUGAUCAUGUCAUUGUCCCGGGAUCGAAAUCGUGUGAAAAAGAUAAGGAUUUUUUUUUUAGAUUUAUUUAUUUUUAUGUUUAAUUUUCAAGGUCUACAAAGUAACAGAAUAAUGAAGAUGUACAAGGAUAUCAUCAAAUGAAAGAAUAAAAUAUGUUAUGUAGACAACAUGGCAACACAGCAGAAUCUGAAGUUAACACUGCCUGUUAUGCUAUAAUGUUAUGCUAGCUGUCCUGGCAAGCUAACGACGAAAUAGCAUCAUGCAAGAGUGCUAAUUUCUGUAAUAUGAACAUUUUUUACAUUACUUUCCCCCCGUCUUUAAUAGAUGGCCGCGUUAACAGAUCGGUACUCGAUAUCUGCAGAUCUUCGAAAUUGGAUGACUGAUUCGAACUACCGUAUUGGCCCGAAUAUAAGACGGCUUUGAUUAUAAGACGACCCCCUCUUUUUCAAGACUCAAUUUUGAAAAAAGACUUUUUGAACACCAAAUUAUUUUUAUACAGAAAAUAAUUACAGACCAUCUAUAAAAAAUCAUUAUAAAAAUAUUUGAGAGAAAAAACAUGCUAUUUUGCCUGAUUCAAAUCUUAAUAUCUGAACCUUUAAAUAUGUAAACUAAAUUGCAAUCACAUUCGUAAAUGAAUGGCUUCUGGUUUUUGAAAUGUAAAUAAACCAAUCUAUUGUAAUAAAACAACAAAAUUGCAAUAACUGCAAUAACCAUCAAAGUGAGGUCUAACUGUAACUGUAGUCUUGAAACAAAUCUGAAUAAGGAAAAACAUUGCAAUAAAAUAAUGCAAACUGGUUAAACUUGAGAGUAGCUGAGAUCUGUCAUGACAGAACAUCGCUUCAAUGAUAUCUGGCGCCAUCUAGCGUCGUGAAUGGGUAUAAUGUCUAGACCGCGAAUAUAAGACGACCCCCUCUUUUUCUGUCUUAUUUCAAUGCAAAAAACAUCGUCUUAUAUUUGGGCCAAUACGGUAUGUUGCAAAAAUAUGAGCUCGGGACUCACCACAGUAGGUAAAGCUCAAUGUAUUCAUAUACUGCACACACAGCUGUGCAGCAUAACAUUGAGCUGAUGGCUUACAUCUUCGUUGGACAGCGGGAUUUUUUUUUUUUUUGCAAGCACAUGGUGGCGGGGGAGAGUAAGGGCACUGAACAUGAGGCCAGUGUCUGUGAUGCACAUAUGGGAAAUGAAUGCCUCUUCAGGUGUAUAGUGGCAGGAAAUGUGAUGACAUGAUGAAUUGUGCCCAUAUAAGUGUGUUCUGUUAGUGUAUACCGGGGGGUGAAUGCCUCAAAGCUUGAGCUUUUCUGUUGACAGGUGUUUGACUUAAACCAUAAAUAUACAGUUCUUUGUGGAUUCGAAACAGCAUCUCAGCUCCAUGCUCUUCUGUGUGUGCCCCGACUGCUAAGUCAUGGAGCUCACGGUGCCCUGAGUGAGCCCCUCCCCUUCGAGAUUUCUACCAUGGACCAUUGCACUCCUACCUGACUGGACAGGUUCCGUGACAUGCAAUGUUUUACAAAAUUUACUGAUUACUGUCAAUACCAGAUUAUGCAUGUAAAACUAUACUGACUGCUAGGGAUGGACAUUUGGCUGAAUUUACUAGAUUUUUAGUGUGUUGAAAAAACUGCUGUUUUUUUUUUUUAGUGUAAUGGAAAAAUCUCUGACUGGUGUGAAUUAUUUUCAUUCCAGUCUUGUAUUGACCACAAUGCUUCUUGAGUAUUUGUCGUUGCGUGAAUGUAGCUCAACUCUCUCAUAUUCUUCAUUAGAUGCCAAACUACUUGAGAUUAAAUUAGCAGCACCAUUCUUGGCUGCAGCCACAGUUGCACUCGAUUUUUGUAUCCAUCAUAAUAGUGUCUCAGUUAACUCGGCUGCAUUGACGGUACUUGACGCCCAAUCCAUUUAGACUGGGAACGUUCGUUCAUUCGAAACCAGAGCAUUCACAGUCAUUCUGUCCGAUUUUCAGGGCAUUUACAGGUCACUUGCUGUUCAUUUUAGGGCAUUUACAAGUCAUUUUCUGUUGAGUUUGAGUCACUGUCUAUUCAUUUGGGUGAUUCCCAGGUCAUUUCCUAUUCUGUAACUCAAAAUAAACAGGAUGAGGCCCAUAAAAUACCCCAAAAUCAACAGGAAGUAACUGAAAAUGAAUAGGUAAAUGACCUUAAAUGGCAUUGGCUGCCACUACCGGCAAUAGACGUUCAAUCCGUUGAAAUUCGCCUCCCCAGAGAAGCCGCACGGAAACAGCGACAGCUGAACAAAGUGCCGCUCUGCCAAUGCUGCCUCCGCGCGCGGCAACCGGGAAGGCGGAACUUUGCGCGUUCAUCUCUGAUAUUAACCCUUUGUACUGACUCCAUGUUCCAAAAGUUUGAAAAAGACUCGCCGAAAGCUGGUUGACAAUAUAUUCGUCGACAAUGGUCAAAAACAAGGCAAAAACAGACGACGGAGGUACAAUUCUGGAUCCAAAGCAAGGCUACAUGUUUCAUCUCAGUGUCCAGUGUUUUUUAAGUCCAUGGGCUGGCCGAAGGUGUGUCCAGGCGUUGCUUUGGGAUCAUCCCUCUCUGGCCGGUUUCGGGCUGUUUAGGUUCGUGCGUGGAUGGGAUGUGGUUGCCACAGCGACCGACGCUGGUCUUGACGUCACAAGCGCCUGCUAUCAACUUUGUUAUCCGGGCUGGCACUACUUGUUUUAGGACAAAGCGCGCUGGCCUUUGUCCUUGUUCGUUUGUCAGGAGGACUGAUUGCCAGAGUUUGGUGCGUCAAUCUUGCUCGUGGCGCACACGUUUUGGGCUUCUGUGAUAAGAUGGCGUUGUGUAUCUAUUCUGUUUCUUUAAACUUUGGUGUGCUAUUUAUUUUACAUUAGGUGUGUUAGAGUAGUGCAGUCCUACAGUGAAUAUGAGAAAUGAUACUAUUCCCUGAUUGAUUAUAUUACGUGUGUUCGAGUAAUGCAAACAGUUAGACGGUGCCUACGAGAAACGGUAGGUGAUUAAAAUGGAUUGGACGUCUACUAAUGAUAAACUCAUUCCAAUUCACAGCAGAAGCUUGUUUUUCUGUUUAUUAGUUGUUUGUAAAAUAUCCUAGGAUUUCCUGACCAAUGUAUCGAUAAUCGUUGUAUUGCCAUAUCGUCAGAUCAUCGUUAUCGUGAGCUUUGUAUCGCAAACCAUAUCGUAUCGUGAGGUACCAAGAGGUUCCCACUCCUAGUCCCUAUGCAACCUUGGGUAGAACUGCUGUUUUUUAAUUAAAUUUCGCAUUCAUUUAUUUUCAAUUCCAAUUUUUUUUUCAAAAUUUCAUUUUAUUUUUUACAUAAAUAAAACCCAUCAAACACAUUACUUUUAAAUUAAGCCUUUUGCGAAAUAGGUGGGAAAACAGAACUUUUAUCAGCAUAAUCUGCCAACAAUUAGCCCAGAGAUAAACGAAUAGAGUAUUUAACUAAACAGCGUUGGCAAUCAUGUUUGAAUGAAUUGUUGCUAUCGAACAGGUGUGAAAGAUAUGUGAACAACAUGUAGCACGUACGCGUUCAGAUGAGCACACACAGCUCAUCAGAGCAUGUCAAAGCUGGCAGGAUCAGCAGUCUUCCUUGAUAAUUAGAAGGAGUGAGAGCAGCGUAAUUGCACUGGUGGUGACGUACAUGUACAAUUAGCCACUACACAGGUUCAUUAAGAAAACAGCAAAGGUCUGACAAUAUGAGUUGUUGCUUUGGCUUCAGCACAAUACAAUAUACUGACAUAGCAGACUGACGAGCCUGUCUGCGUCCUUCUGAGACAAUAUAUGUAUGUGUAAUUGCUUUCCCUUUAGAAAAUUUUCUGUCUUACAAGGUGUUGUCUGUCCCUUCAAGUAUCUAAAACUUUGAAUCUCAUUUUUGCUAUGAAACAAUAUCGGUUUUACUGUACAUUGCCUGCAUUAAUUAAAUUCAAAUUUACCGUUUUUAUCAAUUGUUAAUAGCAGUUAUAAUUUUGUUAUAUAGUCAUUGUUGCGUUGCAGCUAUCAUUAACUGUAUCCUUUAAGCAUUUCUGUCCGGAAUGGUGUUGAUAGCGCCUGUGUGUUUUGAAUGACAUUAAAGAGAAGUGCAUAGCGCAUUGUUUUUCAACUGGUGUGCCGUGAGAGAUCGUCAGGUGUGCCGCGACUUAAAAUUUGUUUUAAGAUUAAAUGUAUGAUGUGUGAAUGAAUUAAUACUUGACCAAAUAGUUUUCAAAUUUUAUUUAACAACUCACCUUGUAUAAAAUAAAAAAAUAAAAUGAAUUGUCUGUAUUAUACAGCAAAGAGCUUUAACAGAUUAAAGUGCCUCAGACUAACAAUGUGGCUCAAGUACCGUUUGGCAUAUUACCCAAAAUUAACUAACAAUUUAAAAAGCAGACAAGCACAACACAGUAACAAUAGCUAGUGUUUCAAAAAAUGUGUAAACAACUUGUCUGUUAAAUUGAACAUUUCACACAAACAAAUGCAGCAUUUGCAGUUUUACACUAAAUGGCCUGAAAGCUUUGUGAGAUAUAAAAAAAAAUGUCAAUUUUCACACACUUAACUUAAAAACAUUACACUAAACUGUGUGUCAAGGUGUUUAGAAACACUGCUUAAGUUAGCCAGUCAUACUCUAUAUUUUUUUAACCAACUGUUCAGGCAAACUAGCUUGUUGACAUUUUCAGAUAACAGAGCAGACCUUUUCUUUUGAACAAUGUGCCCUGUCAAAGAAAACAGUCUCUCGCAAGGAACGGUUGUGGCAGGUGUAACUAGAUACUUUUUUUGCAAGGUGGGCCAGCUUACUGUGGGCACCAGUGUGAGUAGAUCACCACUGUAGUGGACAUAAGUCGAUGCUGGCACUGCCUUGUACCUGUCUAGUGGUUUGUCAUUGGUUGUUGUUGUUGUUUGUUGUCAUUUGAUUUUCAAGGCCCUCGUCUUCGACUAUGAUAAUGGGUCUACAUUCCACAGUCUCUGGUUACCCAAGUAGCGAUAGCAGUAAUCAACCUCCUUGUUGUCUUUUUGUUGACAAGUCCGAGUCCGCACGCUACCAGUGUAGCUUGAUGACUGCGGCUUGUUCCCGCAGUGUUAGCGUCAUUGCUAACACUAGCGAAGAUAUGCUUUGCCCGAAGGUUGUACUUUAGGCUGGUUGAGCUUCGAUCAAAGGACAGUUCAUUACAGCAGUAUGUGCACACAACUUUGGUUUUAUCCAGAUUUCCAUUAGGCAGCUUUUAAAACGGAAUUUGCCAUGAAGCAGUCCUGGGUCAUCAUCCUCACUAAUCGUGGGUGGCUGCAUUUUGUCCUGCAUUGCCGCGCGGAGAAUGUAAACAUCAGCGUGUGAGACUACGGGAGGCAGUUGUGGCCAAACUUAGGGUGAGCGGUAAAUUGCGUUAUUUUUUAAAUGCGUUAAUAUUUCCAGAUUAAUCAUGGUCGUUAACGCGUUAUUGUUGACAGGCAUAAUAUAUAUACAUAUAUUGUAAUGUCCGUAACUGUGCUGGCCCUUGAAGGGGCCAUCAGACUGCGGAGUGGUGAAGUAGCAAGAAGCAAGCAAGGAAGAGGGGAGAACGGCGUGAGAGCAAGUUAGCAGUUGCAUGUUGCGGAUGCCGCUGUUAUGUUGUUUAUUAUUUUCCAUUGUUGCCACAAUAAAGUGGGAAAGUUGUCACCGACUCCUUUCUAUUUCCCCAUUCGGGGCUAUUACAAUAUUUUUUUACGUCGUCGGGCAGAGUUGCAGUAGGAAAGAAGGAAGGAAGGAGUAGGUAGAACGUUCUCGGUCGUGUGCAGAUGAGCGAAGUUUGCUUGUGUUGCGUUAAAAAACUGCUCGGAUUUCUAGUCAUCAACGAGCUUGCUGUCGCCGACAAUGUGGACCCCAACACGUCUACUGCUCAUUAUUUGGUUAGACUCGUCAUGUGUCGAUAUACUCGAAAGUGUCCUUUCUAUUUUAUCCAUAUGUGACGACCGUCAAUCCUCCCCCUGUGUUAUGUUACAACACAUUGUUGAGAACAGCAAGGUGACUAAUGGCUAAAAAUCCGAGCAGUUCUUGAACGCGACACGAGCAGCUAUUCAACAACAGCGCCAUGGUGCCAAGCAAGUUUAAACGUCAUCGCCAAACGAAACACCCGUCGCUUCAAAACAAGUCGAUGGAUUAUUUUGUUCGCCUUCGUGAAAACAGAGAAACAGGCAACUUUUUUUUUGUAAUAUAAAAACUACGAAGGAAAAUGAGAAAGCCCUCAAAGUGUGUUACCUUGUUGCUAAAUCCAAAAAGUCCGACACCGUGACAGGUACAUUAAUACUACCUGCCUACAAAGCCAUUGUCUGCGAGAUGCUCGGCCCUGAUGUGGUUAAAGACAUAGCUCAAGUCCCCCUGUCUGAUAAUUUCACACUGACUAAGUAUACAUACAGAGAAAUUAUUUUAUAAUUGAAUUAGGGCUGUCAAAAUUAUCGCGUUAACGGGCGGUAAUUAAUCACGUUAAAAUAUUUGACGCAAUUAACGCACAAAUGCCCCGCUCAAACAGAUUAAAAUGACAGCACAGUCAAAUGUGUACUUGUUGUGUUUUUUUGGAGUUUUGGCGCCCUCUGCUGGCGCUUGGGUGCGACUGAUUGUAUAGGCUUCAGCACCCAUGAGCAUUGUGUAAGUAAUUACUGACAUCAACAAUGGCGGGCUACUAGUUUAUUUUUUGAUUGAAAAUUUUACAAAUUAAAAUGAAAACAUGAAGAGGGGUUUUAAUAUAAAAUUCUAUAACUUGUACUAACAUUUAUCUUUUAAGAACUACAAGUCUUUCUAUCCAUGGAUCGCUUUAACAGAAUGUUAAUAAUGGUAAUGCCAUCUUGUUGAUUUAUUGUUAUAAUAAGAAAUACAGUACUUAUAUACCGUAUGUUGAAUGUAUAUAUCCAUCUUGCGUCUUAUCUUUCCAUUCCAACAAUAAUUUACAGAAAAAUAUGGCAUAUUUUUCAGAUGGUUUGAAUUGCGAUUAAUUGCGAUUAAUUACGAUUAAUAAAUCUUUAAGCUGUAAUUAACUCGAUUAAAAAUUUUAAUCGUUUGACACCCCUAAAUUGAAUAUACUGUACAGAAAAUAAUUUUGGAACAUUUUUGGUUUGUGGUGUGCCGCGAGAUUUUUUCCAAUGUAAAAACGUGCCGUGAGUCAAAAAAGGUUGAAAAACACUGGCAUAGAGAAUAAUGAGGGAUCAUGGAUGUGUUGGAAUAUGAGGAGACAAGAAAUGGGAAAAGAGGUAGAUAUAAGGAGACCACAGAGAAGAGUGAAAACAAAAUGGGAUAGUGCGGAGAGAGAAGGCAUGAUAAUGAGCCCUACCUCUGACACAUCCUCCUGUUUCUAUGGAGACCAAGGAACCAAUCCGGCGGCCUUGAUGAGGACUGUACUACUGAGAGUACGUAAGAGGGUGGAGAGGGGCGUACGCUGAUGCGUGGAGAGGUAAUACAUCUUCCUGUAGUUCUCCUGCUGGUUUUCAAGAGGCUACCUCCCCUGUUACUGUCUCCUGUCACCCAGCACGCUUUAAAGCUGCACUCUUCGUCAGGCCAUGUCGGUCCACCACACACUACUACUCCGCCAGCAUCACUAGAACCUUACACCACCCCCCACCCCCACAGCAGUCUCUUGGAUGCUCCUUGUUACAUCACACGCACUGCUCCCUGGUAGCCUGUGUUUGUGAGUGUUAAGUGAGAAGGAGAGUGAACGUGAGUGAGCACCGUGUGCGCACGCCGUCCCACCGUUAAGUCCCAUUGACCAGCGUUGAGGCAGGAUGGACAAACCAAGCGUGUGGCGUGCCGUGGUGAGCAGCACGGAUCCCCGGCGAAUGCGAGACCCGGGGUCCCAUCCCAGCAGACCAGGCUCUGCCAUCGGAUACCGGCUGUAUGACAUUGUGGAAGGGGAUGGACGGUCCAAUGAGAGCGGCCCUUCCCUAGAUGAAGGAGCAGGUUAUGGACCAGGUCCGGUGACUCACGGGUCAGUCAUCAGCCCUGACCGCUUUGACAGCGCCCUCUACAGCCACGGCGUUCAGCCUGGGCCUCAGAGACCCCGGCGACCGAAGCUCCAGCACUCGCAGUCCAUCCUUCGGAAACAAGCAGAGGAGGAGGCCAUCAAGCGCUCCCGCUCGCUAUCAGAGAGCUAUGAGCUCUCUGCUGAUCUUCAGGAUAAACAGGUGGAAAUGCUGGAGCGCAAAUAUGGAGGACGAUUCAUAACCCGGCAUGCGGCUCGCACGAUCCAGACUGCCUUUCGCCAGUAUCAAAUGAACAAGAAUUUUGAACGUCUCAGGAGCUCUAUGUCCGAGAAUCGUAUGUCCAGACGUAUCGUUCUCUCCAACAUGAGGAUGCAGUUAUCAUUCGAGGGUGCCGAGAAAGUGCACAGCUCGUACUUUGAAGGGAGACAGGUGUCCAUGACGGAGGAUGGCGCCCCAAUGUCCAUGUUGCAGACUGAAUGUGGGGAUAUACAGGUCCAUCAGCAGGCUAAUAUGGCAUCUCAUCCACCCACGCAGGGUGAUCUGACAGAUGCCAUCACGGAACUAGAGGACGCCUUCUCCAGGCAGGUCAAAUCCCUGGCCGAGUCCAUAGACGAUGCACUGAACUGCCGCAGCCUUCAGGGGGAUGAAGGUCCAGACCCUGAGGUGGAGAGAGAGGUUCCUUAUCAAGUGAAGCCUCACCGAAGGGCAGCUGGACACAUUCAGGAUGACGCCAUGGCAUCUUAUAGCGACGUCACACUGUUCAUCGACGAGGACGACAUGUCACCUCCCAUUGCUCUAUCGAGGUCGGGAGAACACCCCCCUGGUAUUGAAUCGGACAUGCGCUUGCGAUCAUUCAACUCCUCCCAGGACUACUGGCCUAUUGACCCUAAAGAUGAAGGUCGGGAUACGGAUACGAGCUGCCGCAGCACUCCUUCUCUUGAGUGCCAAGAGCAACGUCUGAGAAUGGACCAUCUUCCUUUGUUGACAAUAGAACCUCCUAGCGACAGUUCUGCAGAGCUCAGCGAUCGUUCCGAACGGGGCUCGGUCAAAAGGCCGCCUGUGUACGAAACGCACGGCCAUAUCGUAACGUCAUCCCAGGCAAGCCCCAAACAUAUUUCCCAUGGACCCCCGCCACGAGCACCGUCCCGUGAUGAGGAUGCUCCUCUACGUCACCGCCACCGCCAGCUGGAGAGCCACCUAGCUAUCAACGGCUCAGCUAACCGGCAGAGCAAAUCGGAGUCCGACUUUUCGGAUGGGGACAAUGACAGCGUCAACAGCACAUCUAACUCAAACGACACUAUUAACUGUAGUUCUGAGUCCUCGUCGAGGGACAGCCUACGAGAGCAGACGCUGAGCAAGCAAACUUACCACAAAGAGACACGAAACAGCUGGGAUUCGCCCAUCUUUAGCAACGAUGUGAUUCGUAAGAGACAUUAUCGUAUUGGCCUGAAUCUCUUCAACAAGAAGCCAGAGAAGGGAAUCCAGUACUUGACUGAGAGGGGCUUCAUUCCUGACACACCAGUUGGUGUUGCUCACUUCUUGCUGCAAAGAAAAGGCCUGAGUCGGCAGAUGAUUGGAGAAUUCCUAGGAAAUCGACAGAAACAGUUCAACAGGGAUGUUUUGGACUGUGUGGUAGAUGAAAUGGACUUUCAGAGCAUGGAGUUGGAUGAAGCCCUCAGGAAAUUUCAGAACCACAUCCGUGUCCAGGGAGAGGCCCAGAAGGUGGAGCGACUCAUUGAAGCUUUCAGCCAGCGAUACUGCAUCUGCAACCCUACAGUGGUGCGGCAAUUUCGGAACCCUGACACGAUCUUCAUCCUGGCUUUCGCCAUUAUCCUCCUCAACACAGACAUGUACAGCCCCAACGUCAAACCCGAGAGGAAGAUGAAGCUGGAAGAUUUCAUCAAAAAUUUAAGAGGUGUGGAUGAUGGUGAGGAUAUUCCCAGGGAGACUCUGGUUGGAAUCUAUGAGAGGAUCCGUAAGCGGGAGCUGAAGACCAAUGAAGACCAUGUCUCGCAGGUCCAGAAGGUUGAGAAGCUCAUCGUUGGGAAGAAACCAAUUGGAUCACUCCAUCAUGGCCUGGGAUGUGUUCUAUCGCUGCCCCAUCGCCGCUUGGUGUGUUACUGCCGCCUCUUUGAAGUGCCAGAUCCAAACAAGCUUCAGAAAUUGGGCCUGCAUCAGCGGGAGAUCUUCCUGUUCAAUGAUCUCCUUGUGGUCACAAAGAUUUUUCAGAAGAAGAAGAAUUCCGUGACGUACAGCUUCAGACAGUCCUUCUCUCUCUAUGGAAUGCAAGUUAUGCUGUUUGAAAACCAGUAUUACCCAAAUGGAAUCAGACUUACGUCAGCCAUCCCAGGUGCGGACAUCAAAGUCCUUAUCAACUUUAAUGCGCCCAACCCGCAAGACCGCAAAAAGUUCACAGAUGACCUGCGAGAGUCUAUCGCUGAGGUUCAGGAAAUGGAGAAAUACAGGAUAGAAUCCGAGCUUGAGAAGCAGAAAGGGGUUGUUAGGCCCAGCAUGUCGCAGAGCUCCGGCUUGAAAAAAGAGGCUGGUAACGGUAGCAUGAACCGUGCAAGUCUGGAUGACACCUACGCCAUGGGCGAAGGCCUGAAGAGGAGUGCCCUCAGCAGCUCCCUGCGAGAUCUCUCCGAAGCAGGCAAGCGGGGGCGUCGCAGCAGUGCAGGAUCACUAGACAGCAAUAUGGAAGGGUCCAUCAUUAGCAGCCCGCACACACGCCGAAGAGCCGCCACCCCGCGUGAGGGCGCACCCCGCGAGCAUCCUUCUCUCCCUAACUCUGCCUCCACCUCCAUCCUCGGGUCGCUGUUUGGCAGCAAGAGGGGCAAACCGUCCUCGCAGAGCCACUCUCCUUACCCGCCGCCAGGCCACCCCACGCUCAUAUCCCACAAGCCUCACCCGACCAACCUGCACCACACGGCACAGGCGGUACACGGCGCGCAGGCGCCGCACCACGGCCACCACCCGCAGUACUGCCAAGUCCCUCAGAACCCGCCACCUUAUCACCACCAUCACCACUACCACCCGCCGCCCCACACGCAGUACCACAAGCACCCCGCCUACUCCUCACACGCGCAUCAGCACAGCCACUACAGCCAGCAUUCCCAUCACACCUCCCAUUCCCAGCACGCCCCGCAUCCCCACAGUACCCAGCAAGCAGGAACGGCACCCGGAGGACCCAAAAAACACAGUGGCAUCAGCACCGUAGUGUGAUAACGUGAGGGCAUCGCAAAGGGACUGUAUCUGACACCAAAGGGACUGACUUACGGCGCGACUCUACGGCCUGUCCACUGUGUUUUACUGCUGCUGCCAUGAAAACCAUGUCCAACUAAUAAGCAGGAUGGACAUUUGGACCACAAUUUCCCACCAGGGGCCUUUAUUACUAGUUUGUUUAAAUCCGGGUCUGAGCUCUCUCCCUUUCCCCUCAUCAGGGUGGCGGGUGGAUCUGUACAGGAAGACACAUUGUUGUUCCCAGUUCGCACACAUCGCCGGGGUGCCCCCUUCCACAUAUAAUCAGGAGGGAAAAAAACACUUCGGCACGCCAAUGGUAGGCAUUGUGGUGCGCAACUUUUUCGGUUUUGCCAGUCCCACGGAUACUAUUUUCCCUUGCCUCCGAUAAAGCUCACAUGUAAUUAAAAUAUAAUCAUUUGACUUCAAACCGGAGGACAGGUAAGCAACGUCUUGAGUCCUAUUAGUUCUAGUGCUGUAUUUACUGUAGAUGACAGCUGUAUGUGUUGUCUCCUAGCGCUCAUACAUAAAUGUGCCAAUUAUUGAUGCAUAAUCUAUUUAGUCAAGACUUCCUGUACAGUAUGUCGUGCGUCAUUUGUAAGAUUAUACUUACAAUUAUUAUUAUCAGCAAAAGUAUCAGUAUUAUACUGACUCUGGGUAGAGGAAGCAGUGAAAUCAGCCUAUAAUCUUAUCUUGGAAGUUUGAAAGCUCUGAGAUGGCAGCUGUUGCACGUGGACAAAAUCAACUUUAAAGAGCGAAUUUGUCAUUGCAACAAAUAGAAUUGUAUUUUCUAUACAAUUGUCGUUUGUAAAGCAGUAGAUGCUGAAAAUUACGACAUUUUCUCACAUUUAGCGAAACAAAGUGUUUAAAAUGUGGUGUAAAAUUUUUAGUCACUUUUUUUUGCACAUUUAAAACAUUAUUUAGCAACUUAAAUAUUUUUUUAAAAUAAGAAGUGUGCGGAAGCGUAUUGCAUUCACAUGAAAAAGGGAAAAAAAUGGGGGGGCUGUUUUUGAAUUAAUUUUUUUUCAACUCUGUUUUUCUGACAAAUUUAUUUUUGGGGCUGUUUUUUGAAUUUUUUUUUUUUUUUUUUAUCAACUCUUCGUUUUUCUGAGUAAUUUAUUUUUGAGGUCGUUUUUUCAAUUAAAUUUUUUUCCUAACUUUGUUGUUCUGAAUAAUUUAUUUUUAGGUUUGUUUUUUUAAUUAAUUUUUUUUCCAACUUUGUUUUUCAAAAUAAUUCAUUUUUAGGUUUGUUUUUUUGAUUUUUUUUUUCUUUUUCUUGGUAGCCAUUAGCAUUAGCCAAGCUCAGGAAAAAAUAUUUAUUUGAAAAACAGCCCUUUGAAGGUCUCGCGAGAGGUGUCUUCCAGUAUUGAACUUGCAGGAUAGAAUUCGUGCGAGACUUACAAGUGCUUGAAUUUUGAAUAAAUAUUUUUUCCUCUGGAGCCAAGCUCAGGAAAAAAAAUUAAUAAAAAAAAACAAACCCAAAAAUAAAUUAUUUUGGAAAACAAGGUUGGAAAAAAAUUAAUUCAAAAAACAAACCCAAAAAUAAAUUGUUUUGAAAAACAAAAUUGGAAAAAAAUUAGUUCAAAAAGCAAACCCAAAAAUAAAUUAUUUUGAAAAACAAAGUUGGAAAAAAAUUAAUUAAAAAAAAAAAACCCAAAAACAAAUUAUUUUGAAAAACAAAGUUGGAAAAAAAUUUAUUUAAAAAAAUAAACCCAAAAAGAAAUUAUUUUGAAAAACAAAGUUGGAAAAAAAUUAUUUAAAAAAAACAAACCCGAAAAUAAAUUAUUUUGAAAAACUAGGUUGGAAAAAACAAAUUAAUUCAAAAAACAAACCCAAAAAUAAAUUACUCAGAAAAACGGACAGUUGAAAAAAAUUUAAUUCAAAAAACAGCCCCCCAUUUUCUUAUUUUUCAUGUGAAUGCAAUACGCUUCCGUAGUUUUGGACCUGAUUGUUUAAAUCCAGAACUAAAUAUUUAAUUUAAAUCUUAAAUUUAUGUCCUGCAUCCUAAAUGUUAAAUCUGGAAACGGUUGGAACUAAAUAUUUAGCUUAAUAUACAAAUUCACAUGACUGGAGACCGGAAGUAACAAAAUAAAAGCUGGCGCACUUAAAAUACUCUUUAAAUAGUUUCUCCUAAAUGUGUAUUUUAGCUAUAUAUUGCUAUAAUCACAAUGACCCAUGUCCAAGAGCCGACCGACUGCCACCGUUGAGUAGGUUUUAUUCAUUUUUAAUCAACGUAACUAGACAGUCUGAGUUGCUCCAGCUUUUAUUUUGUUACUUCCGGUCUCCAGUCACGUGAAUUUGCGUAUUAAGCUAAAUAUUUAGUUCCAACCGUUUCCAGAUUUAACAUUUGAGAUAUAGGAUAGAAAUUUAUGAUUAAAAUUAAAUAUUUAGUUCUGGAUUUAAACAGUCAUGUCUAAAACUUCUCAUUAAAAACUAAAUAUUUAAGUUGCUGUUUUCCGAAAUUUCCAGGUUCGCGGUGAAUCAGUAACAGGCACACUUUUGCUCAAUAGACAAUGUUUAUUGAUUAGAAAAUGCAGAAUAAAUGAGAUUCAUUGAUUACAAUCCACAAGAGCAAGCAACAAGUAUCAAAAACAAGCAGAACA